CCAGGGGAGAAGCAACAGAUCGUCACUCGUCUUAAUAACAGAGAUCAACUUUGUGCCCUACUUUGCACAUCGGUGUCCAGAUGGGGCUCAGUCUGGGAACCCUCCAGUCUUUAUCUAGAUUGUCUUAAGAGAUAAUGGAAACACCUUUCUACCAUGAUGAUGUGUUGAAUGUGCAUCAGGCUCACAGUUUCUAUACUUUUGGCACCAUGAUGAAGAAGGAUCUUAACCUGAACUUGACUGACCAGGUAGUUGCCAACCUGAAACCUCUGCGGGAUGGAGAUGGCAUAUUGACUUCUCCUGACCUUGGACUACUAAAGCUAGCUUCUCCAGAACUGGAGAGACUGAUUAUUCAAUCCAAUGGCCUGGUUACCACUACACCUACUACCAGCCAGUUCUUAUACCCAAAGGUAGCUAGCGAAGAACAGGAAUUUGCUGAAGGAUUUGUAAAAGCGCUUGAGGAUCUUCACAAGCAGAAUCAACUUGGUGUGCCAACAACAGGAGUGGACUUAAGUUCAGUGCCUUCUGGUGGAAGUCUCCAGCCUCCCCCACCUUCUGAUGCUCCUAUCUAUGCCAACCUCAACAGCUAUUCUAGUGGGACAAUGGGCACCACUGUUAACUACAGCACUGACACCGUACCCUAUCCUCCUCCUCCAUCUGGGUUGGCGCAACAGCCUGCCCCACCUCCACCUCGAAUGCAGAUACUCAAAGAUGAACCUCAGAUUGUGCCUGAGAUUGCAAGUUUUGGGGAUAGUCCACCCAUGUCUCCGAUAGAUAUGGACACACAAGAGAGAAUAAAAGCUGAAAGAAAAAGAUUAAGAAACAGAAUAGCUGCUUCCAAGUGCCGGAAGAGAAAACUAGAGAGAAUCUCCAGGCUGGAAGAAAAGGUGAAAAGCCUUAAAAGUCAAAAUACGGAGUUGGCAUCCACUGCCAACCUGUUGAGAGAACAGGUGGCCCAGCUCAAGCAAAAGGUCAUGAGUCAUGUCAAUAGUGGCUGCCAACUUAUUCCUCAACAAGUCCAAGCUUACUAAACUUUGGUAAUGAGAACUUGUAUCUGGUUUAUCUAUCUGCACCAACUGAGCAACUUCAUUCCAAAAGAGAGAAGGCUCUCUCUUGCCAAAAAUGUGGGAUGUCCUGGCACAGUACCAUUGUACAGUAUAUUGGUCAGGAUCAAAGACUAAGGCGGACUGGACCUUUUUAGCUACCAAUUUGCUUCCAUCACUACUGUCGAUAGAUGGGUCUUCUCCUAGCUCUAAAACUGCUGUUUUGUAAGACAAGAGGUGAAGAUUAUUGGGGCCUUAACAUUUUGAAGCAGUUUCUUAUUAUACAGACUUUACAUAUGUGUUUUGGUUAAUCCUUUUACAG